UUUAUCCGCGCUGCCUCGAUACCGACGCUCGUCCUAACUCUACAAAUGAUAAUCGCGAGUGUGCUAAGUGCUAAGUGAAUCUACAACAUGGGUGGACUAUAUGUGUUUCUAGUAUUUGUGAUGCUGUCAACAGCUUUUGCUGACAGAAAGCUCACGAUAGCCGAGAAGUUGAAGGAGGAUGGUGACUUGUCUCAGUUUCUGGCGCUUUUGGAGCGGAAUGUAGUAGCCAACAUGAGUUUGCAGUAUCGCCAAGUGACGCUCUUCGCACCGACCAACGCGGCCUUCCAAAGAUACAACGAAGCUAUGGACGAUUCCCUCGUACUCUAUCAUAUUUCUAACUUAGCGACGACGCUCACUAACUUGGACUACUCGAUAUCGUCGGAGUUGGAGGGGAACCCACCCCUGUGGGUGACGAGGCGUCGAGAUCCCAACCAUGACGACAUAUAUGUAAAUAAUGCCAAAGUCGACGUGUCAAGAUCAUAUCAAGCUACCAAUAGAAAUGGUAAACGGCAGGUUCUCCACGUGAUAGAUCAAGUACUACAACCACUUCUGCCGCACAGUCCAAGUUCCGUCUACAAUCCCAACGCUUUCCAGUUUCUAGAAAAUUCAGAAGAUUUUAGCAUUGGCCAACACCGUCUCAGGUCUUUCCGUCAAAAACUAAAGCAGUUACAGAAAAAGGAUGUAUUCAAUGCUGAUGGAAGACACACAUUCUUCAUACCUGUUGACGAGGGUUUCAAGCCUACGACAAGAUCGGACCUCAUCGACGGGAAAGUAGUGGAUGGCCAUGUGAUACCCCAGCAUGUACUGUUCACGCACGCGACACCUGACAACAAGGAGUUUGAGAGCAUGGCCUUCAGUGACAACGUGAAAGUGAUCAUCUCCUUCACUACGGCCAUGAACGGACAAGAGGAAAUCACGUAUGUGAAGUCGAAUACGGUGGCUGGUGACACGAAGCACAGUCGCGGAGUGGUGAUGGCAGACAUCGUACGUGCAAACAUACCAGUCAAGAAUGGGGUGGUUCAUCUGAUACAGCGUCCACUCAUGGUGGUGGAUACUACUGUAGUUGACUUUUUGAAGACUGCAUGUGACUCUGAGGAGCAUAAUGAAACAGAAAUAGAAAGUUUGGUAAGCGGUUGA